AUUCACUAUUCAGUCGGAUUUAAGAAUUUAAGUCGGUUUUUAAGUUUUGAGUCAGUUUUUUUUUAAGUCUGACUUACAAAUUUUAAGUCAGCCUUAAAAUCUGUAAGUCGGUUUUCAAAAAACUGAUUUAAAAUCUUAAGACCGACUUAAAAAAUUUUAAAACCGACUUUAAAAGCUGUUUUAAAACCAUAAGACCGACUUAAAAAUCAACUUAAAUUUUUAAUUCCGACUGAGUAUUGAAUUCUACCCAGUGAUUAAUACAAAAAUCGAGGUAAAAGUAAUUCCAAAAAGAAAGUUCUGAAAAUAAAACUUUUAAAGUAAAAAGCUUCUUAAUUUAAUCUUAACUUUCCUUAAGACUUUCUAUAUAAUACAGGAACAUUUUUUAUUGAUUUUUUUCUUAUUAGUUUUUAUUUUCAAAGUUUUUAAAUAAUAUUUGAAUCAAAAGUAUUUUUUUCUGGAAAUUUCACACACUUAAAAUUUCUUGAGAGAUUUUUUCCAUUGAAAUUUUCACGUGAAAUUCACUAAAUUCCAAAUUCCUCAACUAUAUAUUAUACUCUUCAAGUUUUCCCAUUGAAAUUUAAAUGGCAGCUUGUGGGUGGGAUUCUGCACAGCUUCCUUGCAGGCAUUUUCUUUUCAUCUUUUCCCUUUUGUGCCACCCGCGGGGGCCCUUGGUGUGACGCAAAAAGGGCGGUCUGGGGGAAAAGUGGUUUGAGAAAGAAUUUAAUUAGUUUCGACAUGACACACUCUUUCUUGUCGUCCCCAAAAGAAAAGGCCAAAAGAGAAAAUUCGUGCUGCGACGAGGCGGGAAAAAAGGGAAAAACUUUCGUGAGUGACACAGAGAGGGCAAAGAAGAGUAAAAAAAUGGAACGGAGACAAGAAAAUAUAAAUUACUAGUCAACCCGAGCCCCCAAUCACGUGUGAGCAAACUCCAUUUUAAACUAUAAAAGGGGGGCGGAUGUAUAAUACCGUACCCCGAAAAAUUCUAAAAAUAAAAAAAUCCCGUUAUCUGACCCUUCAGCAGGUAGAAAAUGGGAAAAAAUCAGUUUUUCUGUGGGGGCGCUAUAAAGGGGGAGGGGGCGGAAUCCCAUAUAGCGCUUGCAACUCGUAUUGACCCCCUCUACCCACAUACCAAAUUUCAUAAAGAUCGGCCCAGCCGUUUAGGAGGAGUUCAUGUGCCACAGACAAACAAACAUUUCAGCUUUAUAUUUAAAUUAUUUAUAGCCGGCUCUUGGGUUUGAAAGCUUUGUCGUAUUUUCGGAGAAUUUUCUUUGUGGUGCCCCUGGAAGAUGAUGUGUGGCUGUGCGAAAGGCUUGUUGCGGGAGGAAUAUGGGGUACGGGAUAAAUGAGACAAUUUGUUUAGAAGACUUGGGUUGUGGCCAGGUGAGGGUUAUUUUGUUUUUUUUUGUGGAGGUUGAAGGGUAGCUGGGGCGGUCCGUGGGAAAUGUUGAAAAAAAUUUCCUCUUCAGAGCGCGACUCUGCGGUUGUGAUUAAUGACGAUGAUGGAGUUUUUCUUCUGUCUCUCCGGGGAUGUUGGAUGUGGCGAGGGGGAGACAACGGCUGUACUCUCCGGCCCAUGCGCAGCAUCCUCGUAAAUCUCCCAUCGAGCACAUCACUCCCACUUUUUGGGGGCAUCCCGUGCUGUGUGAGUGCGCGUACGCCAUUCCGGAAAAUCUUCCGGCGCGCACAAAUCUCCCGCGCUCUCUCGCAAAUCAUUCGGAUGUGAGGAAAAUUUAAUGUUUUGUUGCAAUGCUCAUACCCGAACCCGAGGUCCAUGUGGGGAAAAGAUGAGAGGAAUUUUCCGAGUAAAAUAAGGGGCUCGCUGUAUGUGGUGGUUGAGUUUAUCUUAAAUGGAGACACUCAGUCUCCGUUCGGGCAGUCGAUCCACCAACUCGAGCGCGUUCUGGACCGUUUUUCCACGCAAUACCCCAAAGCAUCCCGGCGGAAAAGUGCUCGCGUUUUCCCACAUAUGUUUGUCGCGUGCACGCACGAAAUCGCUGGCGUAUCUUUUGCCACGUUCACAUGGAAUUUUCGACGGAAGAUUCGUGCAAGAAAAAGUCCCCAAACUGUGCAAUUUUCCCCUAAUUUUGCAUAACGAGGUCCCUCUUCUUCGAGCUCUGCUUCUUCCACUAUCCCCUCUGAUACAUCGUCAGCAAAGAAAAUUUCCCAAAUUACAUAUUUUCUUUCCCAUUCACCGAAACGAAGAAGAAAAUACAUCCCGUUAGAUUUUUCUUUGCGUGAAGAUUUUUUUCUUAAAAAAAGUAAAUUUUUUUGGAGAAACCCUCGGUGUGCGCGAAGGCGAGACUUCCUGUGAAGAAAUUGGAGACAUACACAAAAAGUGCGAACAUUUCUCUGUGUCAAGUGAUUUAUGAGGCAUGUGAAACCAUUUUUUCCAACCAAAAGAAUUUUCCUUCUCUCAGCCACAUCAAAUAUCGGGAGUUUUCUCUCCAAUAUAAUUCCCUUCCUUUUGCCAUCUCCUCUCAAAAUCUUCUCAAAUUUCGCCCCAAAAAGAAUUUUUUAAUAGUGAAUCAGGAACAAUUUUUGUGAAUUCCUAAGUACCUACACCAAGUGCGAACCUAUCCCGCAAUUAUCUACUCUAUAAAAUUAAAUUUAAAAUAGAAAAGAAAAAUAUUUUUCUACCAGAAAGCUCAAGAAGUGUUUGGGUUUAGCAGAACUUGACGGAUGCACCCCCAAAACCCCCCGGAAAUGUCUCAAAACAUGAAAAGUUCCAUCACGAAAUUCUUGCCGGUGACUAAAGCGUCGUGAAAUGGGGAAAAUGUCGCCGCGACGGAAAAAGUAUAGAUGAUUAUUUAUAUGACAUUCAACACCAGCAUAACAUGAUAGAAAUUCUGUGCUCGCAGUGUGUCCCAAAUGAAGACGUUGAGCCAUGACUGUGGUGUGGUGAGAAAAUUUGUGAGUGUUUCUGCCCCACAGAUAAGACAUUUGAGUGACUCUAAGGAGGGGGAAUUUGUGGCAGAAAAGCUCCAACUAAAAUAUUGUCGGUUUCAUAAAUUGAGGAAAUUUUCGUUACCAAGGCCAAAGGUGUCGGACAAGAGGAUCAUCUUGGAUACGCAAACAAUGAGCAAUCACUUGCAGUGCACAAUUGAGUGAUUGGAAGCCCCUUUGAGUUAAAAGAAAAGAAAAAGGAAUAAGUGAUGUGUUUCAUUGCGUACGGAUCGCAAUAGAGAGAGAGCAAGAGACUUUGUGAAGUGACCAAGAGUGUGUGGCUCUGAGAGAGCCAUCUGUGAGAUAGCUUUAGCAUACAUAAUAUAUAUAUUGAUCGGGCAGGGGCAAAAGCACCAAAAAUUGGGGGUGACGACGAUUGGAUCUACUGCGGUGACGAGAGGAGUGUCAAGGACGCAAAAAUGACCAUGAGUACAAAUAAUUGCGAAAGUAUGACAUCAUACUUUGCCAACAGCUACAUGGGGUCCGAGAUGCACGGGCACUACCCAGCUGGUGGGGUAGGGGACCUCGAUGGUGGGCAGCAGAUGCAUCACUACAACCAGAACCCAAAUCAGGGUAAUCUGCCCUACCCGCGCUUCCCGCCCUACGAUCGCAUGGGGUACUACAACCAAACCAUGGAGCCCGCCGCCUACACGCGACCCGACAGCCCGUCGAGUCAGCUGGGGGCGAGUGGGAUGCCCCAGCAACCCAAUGGGACGCCCAUUGGGUCACAAUCGCAACAACAGCAGCCACAGCAGCAGCAGCAACCCGUCGUCUAUGCGAGUUGCAAGCUGCAAGCGGCCGUUGGGGGGCUGGGAAUGGGCGCUGAGGGUGGUUCACCACCCCUCGAGCAAAUGGGUUCGCAUCAUAUGAACUCACAAAUGUCGAUAUCCCAUCAUAUGGCCCAUGCUCAGGGACAGGUUCACCAGAAUCCUCAGCACAUGGGUAUGUACACACAGACGGGCGGCGGGCCGCCCGUGGGCCCUCCACAGGGAAUGAUGCACCAGCAGGGUCCACAAUUGCAUCAGGGCCAGCAGCAACAACCACCCAACAGUCAAAACACCCAAUCUUCGCUGCCCUCGCCCCUCUAUCCCUGGAUGAGGAGUCAAUUUGAACGAAAGCGUGGCCGGCAGACGUACACGAGAUACCAAACGCUGGAACUUGAGAAGGAGUUCCACUUCAAUCGCUACUUGACGCGAAGGAGACGAAUUGAGAUUGCGCAUGCCCUCUGCCUCACUGAAAGACAGAUUAAGAUUUGGUUCCAGAAUCGACGGAUGAAAUGGAAAAAGGAGAAUAAGACGAAAGGGGAGCCCGGCUCAGGGGACAAUGCAGAUGAGAUCACACCACCCACAAGUCCACAGUAAAUCUCCGCCAAUUCCCAAAACAACUUUUAAAUUAUUUAAAAACAAAAAGAAAAAAAUAAGAACAAGAAACCUUUUCCUGUUGAUUCAUCCUCAACUUUGUCUCUGCAAUCAGACCAUGCUUCCAUGCAAUGAUCGUUGAUGGGAUUUAUUUGGGUUAAAUUGUGACAGAUAAGAGGAAGUCUCGUGGUGAUUUCCACCCACAAAUGAUCAAGAAAAAAAUGAGAGAAUUUCUGAAAAAAAUUUCCCUUCAAAGCAAUGCAGAGAAAAUUGAGGGGAUGAAUAAAAGAAAAUCAAUCUAACUGAUAUUAAUUAAAUGAAGAAAAAAAAAGAAAUAGUAAUGAAAACCAACUCAUGUGACCUCAAAUUAAUUUAAAAGAAAAUAUAAUUAAUAUUUAAUGAGUAAACGUGUAAGAGUUAGUAAUGAAAUUAAUAUAUUAUGCGUAUAAUUUCGUGUGUAAAAAAAAAAACAAGUAGAGACCCCAUUUUACUAAUGAAAACACAUGACAAUUGGAAAGAUGGACAAGGACGCAAAAGCAUGUAAAAGAUUCUGAUCAAAAUUCCCUAUCAAGCUUUGUUUUUUCCCCCAUUCAAUUCAGCGCGGGAGGGGGGAGUGAAAGAAAAUUAUUUAUUGUCAACCGACCACAAAAACAACACGAAAAGAAAGGGCAGGAUGUGAAUAAAUGGACUCUGAGGAAAGCCGGCAAUGAAAGAAAAGCAUUUGGAGAUGAAGCGAAGGAAAGUUAGAGGCCAGUGAUUCAGUGCAAUCGAAUGGAAAAUGCGAAAAUGGAAGAGCUGCAAAAGAAAAAAAAGAAAUUUGAGAUUUUUUUUGAAAAAGAAAAACACUAAAAAAAUUACCCAAUAUACGUACAAAAGUGCUGGACAAUUUUUAAAUGUACAUAGUGUGUGGAAAAAACCAUUAAGAAAAAUUUUAAGGAAGAAAAAAAGAAGUAUUUAGACAUAGAAAUUUAUUAAGGAAAAUGAGAGGAAAAUUUUACUUAUUCUACUCCCAAAAAAAAAUGAACAAAAAGAAAAACAAAAAAAUUAUAUAAAUAAAUUUGCAUAUUGAGAGAAUUAUAUAUAAUUUUCGAAGAGAAAAAAAAACAAGAAAAAUCAUCUUGUUGGUAGACAAAACAAAUCUAAAGAAGAAAACUUUUUAAUUGUAAUUUUCAUUGUGAUUCGCAAAUGAAUUCUCAAUUUUGGAUAUGACGUAUACAAAAUUCUGCGAGAUAGGUGAGAAGAAAAAUUCUAAUAAACAAAAUGUUAGAGUAUUUUGAGAAAGUAUAAAAAAAGUCAAAAUUUAGUAAGAAAUAUUUGGAUUAUAAAUUCGUCUUUGACGCCACUGAGUCCUUAAGUACCAUAAAUUUAAAGGAAAAAAAAGAAGGCAAGAUAGUUUUAUUUAGUUUGGCACAAUAAGGAACAUGGGAUUGGAAAAUAAAUAAAUUAAUAAAAAAACCUCAUUCUCAAAAUAAAAAAAAAUGAAAGGAUUUGUUGGAAAAAUUAAAGAAAUUAUUUAAUAAAUUCAAAAAUUAACCAGGAAAAUUGCAAUAUUAAUUUAAAAAUAAUCUCCUUUUGCAUCUUAAUUUGAAAACUCGCAAAAACAACAAACUUUCCUCACUUUUUUUUCCACCAAAUCCCUUCAAAGAAAAACCGUGUAAGAAAAACUAAAAUCUCUGUAUAAAAUAGACAAGAAAAAAAAGUGAUGUGAAAAUAGUCUGUAAAGUAAGUUUAAAGAACAAAAACAGUGUAAUUUUUAGCUGAUUGAUUCAGAAAGUACACGUCGCAAUACUCUUUUAAUUUUUGCCCCACGACUCAUCUCAUUUAUCAUACAAAAGAAAAGCAAAAAGAGUUUAAAAAAGAAAUAGUUUGUAAUUUAUUAAAUAGCAAAAAAGCAUUUGACAGUACCCUGAAUCUCUUUUACCCGCAUACCAAAGCCAUAGACGUUCUGUAAUUAAAAACAAACAAGUCUCGUUUAAUUUAAAUAGUGGUGUAUUUUUUAUAUAUAUAUAAAUGUGUGUGCCCAUAGGAAGAACAAAAAAAAAGUAAACAAAGAAGAGCUGAAAGAGUAUUAAGGAAAGCCAAUAGUUUAAUUAUUAUUUUCUCCGCACAAAGUCUCCCAAAAAAAUAAGAAAAUUUUUCUCCCUCUUUAAGGACUGAUGAGCACAAUCGACGAAAAAGCUGUGGAUAAAAAAUAAAUUUAAAAAAAAAUCUUGAAAACAGAUAUACGUAAAAGUAAACCGCCCCAGAUUGUAUGAUAUUUCGUAACAAAAAAAAACUCGUAUUUACUAAUUUAAAAUAUAUUCUACUAAAUUCUAUAAUUAAAUAUUUAAAAGAAGAAAGAAAAUGUUAGACAAAGCAUUUUUAAUGAUAUUUCUGAUAUUUAUAUAUAUUUUAGAAAUUGAUUGAAAGUAAAGUAUAAUGAGAAGAAAUUGCGAGAAUUAAUAUUUAUCUUAAAACCGUUAAAACAGCAUUGUCUUUGCAAAAUGUAUAGUAAGACUUUUGUGGGUUGUUUAUGUUUCUACCGUUUCAAUAGUAUUGGCGCUGUUGUCCUACUAAACAUUUUAAAUCUUUCAAAAUAAUUUUUUGAGAAGAAAAUUAAUUUAUCUGCUCUUCUUCUUCGUCUUUUUAGCGUUUACCAGGUUGAAUAGUUAUCUCUCUGUUCAAUGGCAGUUAAAGAAAAAUCAUCUUGUGUCAUAAAUAAAAUGUCUUUGCAGUGCAAUAAUUAAAAAUCAUUGAAAUUUGACCCAAAUUCUUUAUUUUUUUCCGUAAAAUUCCAACCAGAAUUAAUGAAAUGAAAUUCUUUCAAAAAUCCUCCUAUAAAAAAAUAUUACACAGCGCCAUCUGUUGGUAAGAAAUUGAACAAUUUCGCACUUGAAACAAUUUCUUUACUAUUCAUUUGCAAACACAAUGGUGACACUAUCACCUCACCAAUUUGUCUCUUUCAAAAUGCGCCAAAGAAUUCCUUCGUUACGACCUCAAAUUGUUGCCUGCAACGUAAAGGGAAAAAUACUUUCUCGUAUCUCAACUUUAUGCCUUCCUUGUGUAAAAGAAGAGAUUCUUUUGUAUGACAACGAAGGACAGCGCAAGAAAUUUUUUGACUUUAUAUUUAUAGACUUUUCCCAUUUUUUUUCUGGUGCGAAUAUUUAAUUUUAACUUUAAAAAAAUCAAGAAAGUAAAAGAAAAGUUGAAGGCAGAAAAAUGGGCACAGAAUGUAAAUUUGUAUUAAAGACGAUGCAAAAGAAAAGAUGAAAAAAAUAUAAUAUAUUUGACUAUAGAAAGUGAAAGAAUAAGAAAAAAAUGAAGAAGAAGAAAACCCUAUAGAUUAAGAAUGUAAGAUAGCAUUGAUACAAGUAAUGUGAAAUUGUGAUUAUUUUUGUUAUAAUGUAACAGCAUAUAUAUUAAUUUAAACAACAACAAAAAAUGUAGAAAGCAAACACCCUCGAGGAUAAACCAUGGAGGAGAUGUUCUACAAAGCCACAGGUGAGCAAGAACAUUUUUUUCUUUUCUUUUUUUCCUGGGAAAUAAAGGGACAUUUUUCUACAACAAAAAAUGGAACAUUUAAUGAAAGAACUAAAUUAUUAAAUUGGAGUUUAAUGAAAGAAAAAUCGUGCAACAAAAAAAAACUCUUGAGAGAGCACUAAAAAAAAUAAAUUUCUCAUUUUUUUUUCUAAUAAGAGAGUAGUGAAAAUUUAGAAUAAAUUAUAUAAAAUUUUUUCUAUUGGUAUUAAUUGGUUUCUAAAAUAUUCGAAAAAGAAGAAAAAGAUUACAAAAAAAAAUUGAGAAAAAAAAUCUAUUAGUAAUUAAUUCUUAAAAGAAAACUAUUGGAAUGACGAAGAAAACAAAGUGAAUGUAUAAAAUGAAAAAAAAUCAUUUGAGAAGAGGUACCAUUAUUAACUAUAAAUAAAGAAGAAAAAGAAGAAAAAAAAACUAUUAAUUAGAUAAAGAAAGAAAAGUGAAGUUUCGUGUUGAAACGAGACCAUCAAUUUUUUUUUGUUUAGAACCGUCAUAGAUUAUAUACACAACACUUAAAUAAUAUUGUCGUAUAUACAAGAAAAAAAAGAAAAGUAUAAGAUAACAAUAAAAAAAAACAUUGUAAAAUAUUUUAAAAAA